AUGUCAUUCAUCGUAGUUCACCUACUAUACCUCUUUGCCAUCUGCGCUGCCACUUUCGCCUAUGCAGCGCCUACAUCGGACCAAGACCUAGCUUUCCAGGACAAGAGGGCGAAUGCUUUGAGCGGUAUCUCUAACAACCUCUUCACGUCGCUGGAGCGGCUAUCUCGUCUCGUAGAUAUAGCCUACUGCGUGGGGACUACGGGGAUUCGUCAGCCUUUCUCUUGUAUUUCUCGAUGCAAGGACUUCCCGUCGCUCGAGCUUGUGACGACUUGGAACACAGGUGUGUUGCUUGGGGAUAGCUGUGGCUAUGUUGCCAUCGAUCACGGGACGUCGCCACCCAUAGCCAAAUCCCAUUCUGUGCCACAAGAGACAGGUCAGUCUAGCAAGUCAACCAAUGGUGCCAUUGUCGUUGCAUUUCGAGGCACGUACAGCAUAACGAACGCCGUGGUCGACCUGAGCACCAUUCCCCAGAGUUACGUACCCUACCCGCCUGACGGUGGUAAUGAUGCAUAUAGUCCCCCAUUGACAGAAGCAGAACAUGCAUGCACUAACUGUACCGUGCACAUGGGAUUUCUGCUAUCCUGGCAGCUUGCUAGACGGACUGUUUUGCCAGAAUUAUUGCGUCUUCAUGAUCAAUAUCCCAAAUAUCCUAUUCACGUGGUCGGCCAUAGUCUCGGUGGUGCAGUGGGCGCGCUAGCGGCAUUGGAGAUGAAAGUCAUCCAAGGAUGGGAUAAUGUCAUCAUAACGACCUUUGGUGAGCCGCGGGUUGGGAAUGUGGGGUUUGUCAAGUAUCUAGACGCAGCCUUCCAGCUUGAUGAUGAGGGCAACGACCCUGAGCAGCGCCUCUACCGACGAAUUACUCAUAUUGAUGAUCCGGUUCCGUUGCUUCCCCUUUCCGAGUGGGGAUACAGGUCUCACGCUGGCGAAUUCUUCAUCUCCAAGUCCGAACUGUCGCCUACACCAUUGGAUAUCCGCCCAUGCGUCGGAGACUAUGAUACAAACUGUAUAGCGGGUUCAGACGGAGAGCAGACUGAGUCAGUCGGCGAGUUGAAUGACAAUGCGCAGCCAUCUCACGAUGGAGAUGUCCUAUCGAGUGGGAUAUGGCGUCUGCCUGUGCGCUUUAAGCUCUGGGAAUUACUCUUUGCUCAUCGCGAUUACUUCUGGAGGUUAGGCCUCUGCAUUCCCGGCGGGGAUCCGAUCGACUGGUGGAGGGACAGGCACUCCCUUUUGACAACAAAUAAUGAACCCUAA